AUGUCGGCAGGCUCGACCUGGUCUCCGCUCGACUUCGGGCUUAGCGGUGUGCACGUGCUGGUGUCCGGCGCUUCGGGUGGAAUCGGCUUCGAAACGGCCAAAACGUUUCUUGCGGCCGGAGCCAAAGUGACAGCGCACUACAACAGUACGCCCCGUGAGCUCAGCACCACGCCGGAUCUGGUUGCACUCCAAGCGGAUGUAACGAGCGAGUCGGAUGUCGAACGACUUUUCAGCCAAGCUGAGGCAAAGCAAUGUGUACCGGUGCAGGUGCUCGUCGUCAACCACGGUAUCUGGCCUGUCCAAGCUGUGCCUCUAUCAGAUAUGUCGCUCGAUCAAUGGCGCAACACGCACUCGGUCAACUUGGAUGGUGCAUUCCUGCUUGUGCGUUCGUUCCUGUCCAACCUCAAAGGCAAGCCUGCCAACAUCACAGAUCCCGCCUCGAUCUGCUUCAUCGGUAGCACCGCCGGCAAGUUCGGAGAGCACGACCACGCUGAUUACGCCUCCACCAAGUCUGCCUUGAUGUACGGACUGGUGCCAACGCUCAAGAACGAGAUUGUAAGAAUCGCACCAAAGGCGAGAGUCAACUCGGUCAAUCCAGGUUGGGUAUACACCCCUUUGGCAGAAGAGACGAUCAAGGACGACAAGGUGCGCGCGAGAGCACUCGCCAGCACACCGCUUCAGAAGGUGGCGAUGCCGGCCGAUAUCGCCCGACAGGUGGUGGUGCUUUCAAGUCCGACCCUCAGUGGCCACGUCACCGGCGUCAAUUUGCAGGUCGAUGGCGGCAUGGAAGGUCGCUGUCUCUACCCACCUCCUGCAUAG